UAAGCUUUCAAGUACCAAUAACCCACACACAAUCGAUCCUCUUAUCGAAAUCCAUCUCUUUACAUUUACAUAUCCAUGGCUUUGCAAAAUAAUGCAGCACUUCUAAUCUUCAUUGCAAUCACCUUCUGUGUAGUCUCCGUCUCCGCCUUCGCCAAAGUGUUCGUGGUCGGUGAGGCUGACGGCUGGACUGUUGGUCCUGACUACAAAAAAUGGGCUGAAGAUAAGGAAUUCUCCAUUGGAGAUAUUCUAACAUUUAACUACGAGAAAGGUCAACAAGACGUAUUAAGAGUGAACAAAGAAAAUUUCGAUUCCUGCGAUACAUCAUCUCGUAUUUCAAGUUAUGCCUCUGGACAAGACCUCGUCACUCUGAUGGAACCAGGCGAAUAUUACUUCAUAUGCGGGAAACCUGGGCAUUGCCAAGGUGGUCAGAAGUUUAGUAUCCAUGUUGCAUGAAACUGUUCUUCCUAAAGAGUAGCCUCAAUCAACUUCUCAGCUUCUCCUGUCAAUGAAUAUGCGUGGGAAAUCUUAUAAUAAAGAUUGUUAGUAGAAAAAAAUUUAACUUCGUUUCCUUCCUAGAAACACAUUUCUUUAAUUUAGUAAAUAAAUAAAAAUUUUUAUUGGUUUUUUUUUUU